AUGUCUUCAUCUACGGGUGCUCCAACCCCUUCUUCCACCACCUCUACAACCGCCGGGAAGGCUCCGAGGAUCCUCGCGUGCGUCCUCUGUCAACACCGCAAGAUAAAAUGUGACCGAAACAUGCCCUGCUCUAACUGUAUCAAGGCCAAUGUCACAUGCACGCCGAGCACUCCAGCGCCGGCCCGCAAGAGGCGCCGGCCGAAUCAAGACUUACAGGAGAGGCUGGCGAGAUGCGAGGCUUUGCUGCAAAACUACGCCACUGCUGCUGCUGCGUCGGGCGAGUCACCGGCCGGGCCAAGUACUAAUCAUGUUGUUAUCCCUACCGGCGCUGGAUCUCGCUCAUCCAUCAUUGCCCGGGAUCCAUCCAAGUAUCCCGACCCCAUGCCACCCUGGACACCUGCUGGAAAGGUAGUUGUGGAAGACGGCAGUACUCGUUUCGUCGAUAGCUUCCUGUGGGGUAAAUUACACGAUGAGCUCAAUGAGAUGAGGAGAAUCAUCGAGGCUGAUGAAGCUGAGGAUCAUUCCACUUUGGCUUCUGAAGCGGCUACUCCAGAAGACGCCACCGAUCUCCUGCUUGGCGACUAUGCUAGUAUGAGCCUGGAUGAUGCGUACCCCGAGCCGGUUCACGUAUUCCGUCUAUGGCAGAUAUUCCUCGAACGGGUGAACCCAAUCAUCAAGAUUAUCCACGUCCCAUCUAUCCAGCCCUACGUCGUCGAGGUAGCCAGCGGCAACUGGAACGUUCCGCCGAAUCAUCAGCCGCUCUUAUUCUCCAUCUUCAACGUUGCCGUUUUUUCCCUGUCUGACUCGGAGUCUCGGCAAAUGCUUGGCAUGUCGCGCGAGUCGGCUUUGCGCAAGUUCUCGUCUGGCGUCCGGGCGGCGCUGAUGAAGGUCAACUUCAUGAAGACCUAUGAUCUCUACAUUCUCCAGUCUCUAGCGUUCUAUUUGCUCUCCCUUUAUGGCCGUCAUAAUCGAGAUGCGGCUUGGAUCUUCAGUGGGGUGUGCAUUCGUAUCGCGCAAAAGAUGGGACUUCACCGAGACGGCGAAAGCCUCAAUCUAACUCCAUUCGAAACCGAAAUGCGCAGACGAUUGUGGUGGAAUCUGGUGAUCCUAGAUGCGGCGUGGGCACUGCUAUCCGGCAUGACGUAUCCUAUAAUCUCCGUCAACUGGACCACCAAAGUACCGCGGAAUGUGAACGACGCCGACCUUUUCCCGGGAUCGACCGAACCGAUCCAGGAGCGGGACGGGCCGACGGAAAUGGGAUUCACUCUUCUCAUGACUACAAUUUGGGGAUUCGUCAUCAAGUGCCACCAUCAAUUCCCCGGGUUCGAAGCCGCAGUCCUCGGAUUUGAUGUCGAGUCAAUCGGGUCCAAGGACAGGCCUGCAGAACGACUCCCAAUUGACGUCGACAGUUCCCAGCAAUUGAAGUACAAAAGUCUCUUGGAUCAGUUGAGGGCCGAGCUGGAUAAAGUGGUGGAUAAGUACAUUGAUCCUGGAGCCGGAGCAGCGCAUUUAGUCGCGUCGAGGCUUCCCCGACUGAUAUCGGCGAAAGUGGGUCAGCUCUUCGUCCCUAUCACCGAGUUACCGGAAUAUGGAACGGAAAUCUUCAACAUGGACGAUAACUUGUUCCGGUUGGGAGUAUAUAACAUCGAAGGUAACCUGGAGCUAUACGAUCUGAUGAACGCCAGGGGCUUCAUGUGGUACUGCCGGUUGCACUUCCAGGUUGAAAUGCUCACUGCUCUGGUGGGACAGCUCAUCACGCGACAGACGGGUUCAUUGGUUGAUAGGGCAUGGCGGGCGCUCGAUGGGCUGUUCAGACAUCACCCCGAGCUGUACGACAUGUCUUCGAAACCAAACAUCACGCUCCGAUCCUUUGUCCUCAAGGCGUGGAAGGGACGCGCGCAGGCUCUUACCCAACGAGGGCAGUCGGCGGUGAUGCCGUACUAUGUUCAGGAGCUAAUGAGAGGACUUCCGGAGGGGAGAAUAUCCGAGUCGGCGACUCCCGGAAGCGUCGUAUCAUCGGCCGUGGGCGGAAGUAGCCAAAAGACGGGUGGCCAAGAUUUCCCCAAUGCAAAUACGAAGUGGGAGUACGGUCCCGCACACGAUCAUGGAAGUACCGAUAACGGCGGUUUCGGCCCAGGACUUCUAGACAUUGGUGCAGUGGAUUGGGAUAUGUUCGCUGACAGCGUGUCCUCUGGACAUGGAGCGCCCGGAUCGAGUUCUGGGUUGGGAUUCGGGGGUUUGGGACCUAAUAUAGGGCCUCCGUGGUAA